GAGGCUCCCUCCACACCGUCCCAUCACACACUCCCAGGGUCAGACACAGAGUGAAGCUCCCUCCACACCGUCCCAUCAUACAUACCCAGGGUCAGACACAGAGUGAAUCUCCCUCCACACCGUCCCAUCACACAUACCCAGAGUCAGACACAGAGUGAAGCUCCCUCCACACAGUCCCAUCACACAUACCCAGGGUCAGAGACAGAGUGAAGCUCCCUCCACACCGUCCCAUCACACACACCCAGGGUCAGACACAGAGUGAAGCUCCCUCCACACCGUCCCAUCACACACACCCAGAGUCAGACACAGAGUGAAACUCACUCCACACCGUCCCAUCACACAUACCCAGGUUCAGACACAGGGUGAAUCUCUAGCGAUGCGGUCCCAUCACACACUUCCUGACUUUGGACACAUGGAGAAGCUCUCCCCCACACCCUCCCAUCAGCGAGUGUGUCCUCACACCAGUGGGGAAGUUUACUGUUGGGCACUAUGUUGCUGCUGUGUUCCGCUUCAGCAGACCAGAGCUACUGAGGCGCAGAGAGACAUCUGCUCCCAUCUCCACCCUCUUCACCAGCCCCCAACUCCCCAGGCGCGGAGAGCGAGUAAACAUCCUGUCGGCCCAGGUGCCGAGGGUUUUCAGCUCUCUCUGCGAGACCGUGCUGGUUCAGUUUGUCCGCGUGCCCCUCUCCGCCAUGGUCGGCCUCUCCAUACCGGGGCUCCUCUUAACAAUGGCCUUCAUUUCUGGGGCUGAGGUGAAAAUUCCACCACCCACUAUCCGAGCUGAGUUUGGGAAAACAGCCAGCCUGCCUUGUCAUCUUGAGUCUGAGGAUAACAUCUUCUGGGAAAAGAGGGCCUACAACAGUUCCAAAUGGGACACUGUCUCAGAAGGCAAGCAGCUCAUCUUGGAGAACGUGGGUUUGAGAGACCUUGGCAUUUACCGCUGUCGCAAUUCAAGCAAUGACACCUCUUGUGAGAUCGGGCUGCGAGUCUAUAGGAUGCCUUACUCAAGACUCAUCAACCUCAAGGAUUCAGAGAAGAAUAUCAUCCUGAUGGUGGAGGGGAUUCUUCUGCUGAGUUUUGUUAUCAUCCCUGGGACAAUCCUUCUACGAAAGAAGUCUCAGAGGAGUCUACAGGAGAGAAUUCAGCGCUAUAAGGAGGAAAAUGAGAACUUGUAUCAGGGCCUGAAUCAGGAAGACCAGGCAACGUACGAGGACAUCACCCGAGGGCAGCAGAGCAUGUACCAGGAUGUGGCCAACUGCCGCCGCAGUGCUGUCGAUCUGGAGAAGCCCUGAGGCUCGACGAGGAGAGGCGCUCGCUUGCAGUAGGCAACCCUCCCCCCCCAACACCACUUGCUAACUGCCCAUCAUUAUUGGGAAGUGGGCAGGGGCACUGGGCCCAUUCACUCCCUACUGACCCCCAUUCACCCACGGGGAGGGGGGGGGGGUCAUAUAGUCUGUCUGAUCUCAGCAGUGUGUGAUGGGACAAUAUGGAGGGUGCUUCAAUCUGUGCCUGAUCCUGGGACUGUGCAAUGAGACAGCGUAGAGGGAGCUUCACCCCGAGUCCAACACCCUCCUUGCAAAUGAGAUUGUUAAAUCCUUUAGCUUCAGUGUGGGUCUGACCUACAAUUUGGCAUCGGAAUUCAACAACGUUGUUCUGAAAGGUCCAGUGCCUUCAGUCCUUUGGGUCGUUUUCAUUGUGUCUGCGCUGGUGAGCGGCCGGGAGGAAAAUAAAUUCAACUCCCGGGUCCGGUUGAGGCUGAUUAAGGCAUCUUGCACCCUCUGCUGGCUUCCCUUCACUUCAUCUCCUCCAACCACAGCCCCUCUCCCCUGCUUCCACUGAACCAAUAAACACUGCUUGUUGCUCCGA